AUGUUUUUAACCCGCGGCUUCCACAUUGUGAAACCCCCGAAACCAAGAGUCACAGUCAUAAUGGCAGGCUGCAGAAGAGUGGUGGCAUUCCCGUCUGCUGCAGAGCUUGGGCCAUCACUGGCCAGCCUGGUCACAUCUCGGGCAGAGAAGGCCAUCAGCUCCCGUGGCAGAUUCACCUUGGGUCUGUCAGGUGGAAGCCUUGUGUCCACUCUGAGUAAAGAGCUUCUUGCUCUACCACAGCUGGACUGCAGCAAGUGGGUUUUUGCCUUUUGUGAUGAGAGGCUUGUUUCCUUUGAUGAUCCAGAGAGCACCUAUGGGCUCUAUAAGAAAAACUUAUUUUCUAAGGUCAACGUUCCUGACAGUGGCAUCCUAUCAAUAGACCCAUCUCUAGCUGUGGCCGAGUGUGCUGAGGAUUACUGCAGGAAACUUGUACAUGCAUUCCCCGGAGAGACCAUUCCAGUGUUUGACUUAUUACUGCUUGGAAUGGGGCCUGAUGGACACACAUGCUCGCUCUUCCCAGGCCACCCUCUACUAGAGGAAACAGAAAAGAUUGUGGCCCCCAUCAGCGACUCUCCCAAACCACCACCACAGCGAGUAACUAUGACCUUUCCCACCGUGAACGCGGCUCGCUGUGUGGCUUUUGUGUCCACAGGAGGAAGCAAAGCACCCAUUUUAAAGGAAGUGCUGGAGGGCGGAGAAGGUCCAGCGCUGCCGGCAGCUCGUGUCGCCCCACAGAACGGGGAGCUGUUCUGGCUUGUCGAUGACCCUGCUGCAGCCUCCUUAACAUUACAUGUGGAAAGACCGGGUUCAGGCGCCAAACUAUAG